AUGAAGCAUCACAUAGAUGGUUCACCACUAGAGUCUGACUUUGAGAUUAAAAUGGAAACGCUCUCUCUCUCAGUUGAGCCUGGAUCAAAAGAUGUUAUUGUGAAGAAUCUCUAUGUAUCAAUCGAUCCAUACCAGUUAAACCGCAUGAAGACUUACAGUUCUUCACAAACAGCUGUCAGUUUUUCAGGUUCCCUUACUCCUGGCCUGGCCAUCGAUACUUAUGGGGUAGGGAGAGUUUUGACUUCUGGAAAUCCCAAUUUCGAAAAGGAUGAUUUGGUUGUUGGGCUUAUCAGCUGGGGAGAAUACAGCAUACUGAAAGAGGGUGUCAUCUUGAAUAAGUUGGAUCCAAUGGGCUUUCCAUUGUCUCACCAUGUUGGAGUUCUGGGAUUUAGUGGUCUUACAGCCUAUGGUGGGUUUUUCAAUGUGUGUAAACCAAAGAAGGGGGAAAAAGUAUUUGUAUCUGCUGCUUCUGGAUCAGUUGGAAAUUUGGUGGGACAAUAUGCAAAGCUGUUUGGCUGCUAUGUCGUUGGAUGUGCAGGUAGCAGGAAAAAGGUAGACAUGCUGAAAGAUAAGCUUGGCUUUGAUGAUGCAUUCAACUAUAGAGAAGAAACUGAUCUAAACUCAGCUCUGAAAAGGUACUUCCCUGAUGGGAUUGAUAUAUACUUUGACAAUGUGGGAGCGGAGAUGCUAGAAGCAGCAGUUUCCAACAUGAACACGUUCGGCAGAGUAGCUGUCUGUGGAGUGAUCUCUGAGUAUACAGACAGUGGAAAACGAGCUGCACCCCACAUGCUCGACGUUGUGUACAAGAGAAUCACAAUUCAAGGGUUCUUAGCUGCUGACCAUAUGGCUGUGUACGCAGAUUUCAUCACAACAACAACUGAUCACCUUCGCACUGGAAAAAUGCAGGCGCUCGAAGACGUUUCAAUUGGUCUUGAGAGUGUCCCAUCUGCUUUCGCCGGACUAUUUCGUGGUGAUAAUGUUGGGAAAAAGAUUGUUCAAGUUGGUGAAGAAUGA